CCGGCGGCCGGGGCCCGGAAGUGACGCGCGGGGACGCGCAAAGCGGAAGCGGCGGCCGCAGGGCUCGGGCGGGUCCCCGGUGCGCGCAGCGGGCUCGGCUCCCCCCCGGCCCCGCCAUGAUCCUGCUCGAGGUCAACAACCGCAUCGUCGAGGAGACCCUCACCCUCAAGUUCGACGGCGCCGCCGCCGGAAAUAAACCAGAGGCAGUAGAAGUAACAUUUGCAGACUUCGAUGGAGUCCUUUACCAUAUUUCAAACCCCAAUGGAGAUAAGACAAAAGUGAUGGUCAGUAUUUCUCUGAAAUUCUACAAAGAACUCCAGGAACAUGGUGCUGAUGAGGUAUUGAAGAAAGUCUAUGGAAGCUACUUGGUAAAUCCUGAAUCAGGUUACAAUGUCUCUUUGCUCUAUGACCUGGAGAACCUUCCAGCAGACAAGGAUGCUAUCGUGCACCAAGCCGGCAUGUUGAAGCGCAACUGUUUUGCUUCGGUCUUUGAGAAGUAUUUCAAAUUCCAGGAAGAGGGCAAAGAAGGAGAGAAAAGAGCCGUCAUCCACUACAGGGACGAUGAGACAAUGUAUGUGGAGGCAAAAAAGGACCGCGUCACAGUUGUGUUCAGCACGGUAUUUAAGGAUGACGACGACGUGGUGAUUGGAAAGGUGUUUAUGCAGGAGUUCAAGGAGGGUCGCCGGGCCAGUCACACAGCCCCACAGGUGCUCUUCAGCCACAGGGAGCCACCCUUGGAGCUGAAAGACACAGACGCAGCCGUCGGCGACAAUAUCGGCUACAUCACCUUUGCGUUCAAGUGGGUCACUGGGCCUGAAGGGACUCCGGAGCUGCAUUCUGUAUCGUGCCCGCUUCCCUCCCUCACGUCCCUUUGCAGCGGCAGGCCACCUCAGCCCUGCACGGGGCCGUAAGCGUGGGAGUGGACAGUGAGCCACAUGCUGGCGGGACCAAGCGAAGUUUGGUGUGAUAUCGUGGAAACCAGAGGCUUCUUUCUCACGGGCCUGUGACUGUAUCUGUGGCUGGUCCAGCUGCAGCCAUCUGUGCAGUGCUGGACCAGCAGCAGCAGUCAUUGGCAGGAGCGGGGCUGCGAGCUCUGCGUCUCCAGCUCUUCCUCUCUGCUCUCGGCCAAACGCUUCUGUCUCCGGUGAAACACCUUCCCCUGCCCGCAAAGGUGUUCCUCCUGGACAGCAAAGGUGGUGGCAGAGCUGAGGAGUCCAAACCCUGCCCCUGUUUGAAGGGAGAGAGACUGGGGGUCAUGACUGGAUCUGCUGGGAGGUCUCAGGCCGGCGUGGCUGCGGUUUGGAGCGCAGACACCGAAGGGGGAAGCAGAGCUAGCACUGCUCUCCUCCCACGCUGGGCACGGUGCCCUGAGUGCGGGGCGCUUAACCAGGCCCAGGUCUCGGACUGCCAGCGAGACUGCUUCCUUGUCUGGGAGCAGCCGCCCCGUCAUCUGACCUGACGGGCCCAGGGGAGAUGGCCAGCGGGACAAAAGGUCUUUCAGCCCUUGGAUCUGGGCCACGGCACCGAGGUAGCGGGCGCAGACGCGUCCGUGCAGUUCUCCCCUAGGGUGUCGUCAUCUGGGCACUCGGCCUCGCCUGUCCUCCAGCUGCGUCCAGGCUGCUGCGAGAGCCUUGGGCACAUGACAGCGGGUGGGAAAGCGCUGCUAAGCCCUGUGUUUAAAAUCACAAGUGGUGCUUAAUCCUGAUCAUGCAGCUCGGUAACGGGCUCCCUGUAGAGAGCGAAGCAGGCAUCGAGGGCAGCGCGUCCUAAAGCCUGCAGCGCCAGAGGAACCUGAAGCCCUUUUGUAGCUCUGGGAGGGGAUAACGGGUUUUGUGUGGCCGCUCUUCUUUCAGUGCUGUUCCCCCGUCACACCAAUGCUGCUGCCAGAGACAACACCAUAAACCUGAUCCACACGUUCCGGGACUACCUGCACUAUCACAUCAAGUGCUCGAAG